AGAAAGAUUGCAAGGUUUCUCGUGAGAACUCACAAGUCAAUAAAGCUGACCGCCAUUGCCAUUACGCCACCACUCCAACUUGAUCACUCGGGAACUUGUGAUUCCAAAUGCUUCCUCUAUUUCUUCAAUUCUAGAUCUUCUUCAACUUCCAUUUGCUAACUUUCUUCUUACUUUUCAAGAUUCUUGAUUCUACUAGGAAUUUUCAUUUUCCUUUUGGUGUUUGGUUAUUUCUAUGAUCCGUGCUUCUCUGACACUCUUGUCUUAACCCUUUAAUCCUGCAAUAUAAAAGAUCAUCAGUGUCCAGAAGUGUAAUCAACUGAUAUGGAUACUUGCUUUGUGGCUUUGAAAUCAACUGCCCAUUUGGGGAGAGUGAGCAAAGGUGGCUUUGAAAAUGGUGAGAAGGAGUUUUUGGGGGAGCAGAUUAGAGGGAGUUUAAACAACAAUAAUCUCAGGGUUAAUAAUUUGUCGAAAAGUUUGAAACUUGAGAAGAAGGAAAGCAAGAUCAAACCUGGGGUUGCUUUCUCUGUUAUCACUACAGAAAAUGGCAAAGAAACUCUGACUGUAGAGGCACCACGUUUUGACAGACGACGGGCAAAUCCAAAGAAUGUGGCUUCAGUCAUACUAGGAGGAGGUGCAGGGACCAAGUUAUUUCCACUUACAAGUAGAGCUGCAACCCCUGCUGUACCGGUUGGAGGAUGCUACAGGCUAAUAGACAUCCCAAUGAGCAACUGUAUCAACAGUGGUAUUAACAAGAUUUUUGUGCUGACCCAGUACAAUUCUGCUCCCUUGAAUCGUCACAUUGCUCGAACAUAUUUUGGCAAUGGUGUGAGCUUUGGAGAUGGAUUUGUUGAGGUGUUGGCUGCAACUCAGACACCUGGGGAAACUGGGAAAAAAUGGUUUCAAGGAACUGCAGAUGCUGUUAGACAAUUCAUAUGGGUUUUUGAGGAUGCCAAGAACAAAGAUGUUGAUAAUAUCCUUAUAUUAUCUGGGGAUCAUCUUUAUCGGAUGGAUUAUAUGGACUUGGUGCAGAACCAUAUCGACCGGAAUUCUGAUAUUACUCUUUCAUGUGCACCGGCCUGCGACAGCCGAGCAUCAGAUUUCGGGCUGGUCAAGAUUGACAGUAGAGGCAGAGUUGUCCAGUUUGCUGAAAAACCAAAAGGUUUUGAUCUAAAAGCAAUGCAAGUAGAUACUACUCUUAUUGGAUUAUCUCCACAAGAAGCGAAGAGAUCCCCUUAUAUCGCUUCAAUGGGGGUUUAUGUAUUCAAAACAGAUGUAUUGUUGAAGCUGCUGAAAUGGAGAUAUCCUACAGCUAAUGAUUUCGGCUCUGAAAUUAUACCAGCAGCCAUAAAUGAGCACAAUGUUCAAGCAUACAUAUUCAGAGACUACUGGGAGGACAUAGGAACAAUAAAAUCUUUUUAUGAUGCUAACUUGGCCCUCACUGCAGAGUCUCCAAAGUUCGAAUUUUACGAUCCAAAAACACCUUUUUACACAUCUCCUAGGUUCCUUCCACCAACCAAGAUUGACAACUGCAAGAUUAAGGAUGCCAUAAUCUCUCAUGGGUGCUUCUUGCGCGAAUGUUCAGUGGAUCACUCCAUAGUGGGUGAAAGAUCGCGCUUAGAUUGUGGUGUUGAACUGAAGGAUACUCUGAUGAUGGGAGCAGAUUAUUACCAAACAGAAUCUGAGAUUGCAUCGCUGCUAGCAGAGGGGAAGGUACCAAUUGGAGUUGGAGAAAACACAAAAAUAAGGAAUUGUAUCAUUGACAAGAAUGCAAAGAUAGGAAAGGAUGUUGUGAUCAUGAAUAAAGAUGGUGUUCAAGAAGCAGAUAGACCGGAGGAAGGAUUCUACAUAAGGGCAGGAUUAACCAUUGUAGCAGAGAAAGCUACAAUUAAAGAUGGAACUGUCAUAUAAAUAUGAGAAGCAUCUCUUGUUGGUCUACUAGAGAUUCAUUGGAAAUUAAAAUCUGGACUUGAAGAAGAACAAGGGUGACCUAUUUCCCAACACAACCAAGCAAAUUCAGCAGCUGACACACUGAAGGAAGCUUUCUGUGCUCAUGCAAAAAGAGGAAGUAUAGUCGAGGCACUCGUCUAAAAUAAAAGUGAAGCUGCACCUCUAGAUACCUAGUUCAUGUUGUAAGAGUCAAAUAUACGUAAAAUCACUGUUAUAGGUGUAGUAUUCUGAAGAAUAAUGGUUAUUACUCAACCUAGACUUCUACUACUGUAAAAAAGAAAACUCUACGUUAAAAGAAUAUCUUACGAUGUAUCUCUUAUCAUGA